CUCUUUGUCUCUCUAUCAUAUAUCUCUCGGACAAUCUCUUUGGAUCGUCAUUUUCUCUCUGUCGACUAAAUUUUGAAUGGGUAUAUCUCCUGGAUUUGGUGGCUUGAUCAACCAGAACACUCAACAGCCUCCUAAGGCUGAGUCUAAGAGAUCUGAGAAUGUGAAAUCUAAGUCAAGGUCAGAGAUAAAUACUCACGAGGAGAGAGAUGAGAUGAAGGAACAAUUAAAACUUUGGAGACAUGCAGAGAAGAAAGAACAAUGGCAAGAUGUCCCUGCUAAAGUGAAGGUGGAAAUAGAAGAUGGUAUUUGCCAUAUGGACAUGGUAUUUACAUUAGGAUUGCCUCCUCAAGCAGCCUACGACGUUUUGACUAAUCCCGACAACCAAUCAUACUCAAGAAUAAUCAACCAGCGCCACGAACUUCUGGAUAACGUAUCAAGAAAAGUGUUGACGGAUGAUGGAUCGAGUCAGACGGUGGAGGCAGAGAAAGCUGUGGCCUGGAAGUUUCUUUCGUGGUCUGGAACUAUCCCGAUAAGUCUCGAUUUCGUCGAAAACCGUAAAAAUCUUUCUGCAGUAUAUAUGAAAAGGAAAAUGAUGUUCAUGAAAACUUUUGAGGGUAGUUGGAAAUUGGAGCCAAUAUACGUGGAUUCAGAGCGCUUGUGCAAGGGCAUGAAGCCGAAAAGUCGAGAAGAAUACCAUAAAUGUAGUGGUGGACAAGGAAAGAUUGCGUCGAAGGUGACAAUGAACCAGACCUUUCAGCCUUCUUUUCCUUUUAAUUUGCCACCGCUUUCUUGGUACAUCCGUGAGAUCACCAUCAAGAUCACUAAGGCUCUGAUACAAGAUCUUCAAGAUAUGGGCGCCAAGCUCCGAGAGUCCGAUGAGAGACCUGAGAAUGUGAAAUUUAAGUCAAAGUCAGAAACAAAUACUCAUGAGGAGAGAGAUGAGAUGAAACAUCAAUUAAAACUUUGGAGAGAUGCAGAGAAGAAAGAACAAUGGAAUGAUGCCCCUCUUAAGAUGAAGGUGGAAAGAAGAAAUGACCUAGAAUGGGGUAUGUCAACUAUAGAAAUGCAAUUUACAUUAGGAUUGCCUCCUCAAGCCGCUUACGACAUUUUAACUAAUCCAGACAACCAACCAUACUCAAGAAUAAUCAAAGGACGCCAACUUUUGGAAAACAUAUCAAGAAAAGUUGUGUCGCCAGAUACCGGGAAAGGGCAGCUUGUGGACACGGAGAAAGCUGUGGCCUGGAACUUCCUUUGGUUCUCUGGAACCAUCCCGAUAAUUGCAAAUUUUAUCGAACACCGACAAUUCCUUACGGUACAAUAUACGGUAAAGAAUAAGAUGUUCAUAAACAUGUUUGAGGGUCAGUAUAAAGUGGAACCCUUAUACGUAGAUUCAGAACUCUUUUGCAAACACAAGAAGCCUACGAGUACAGAAGAAUACGAAAAAUGUAGCCACGGACAAGGAAGGAUUGGGUCGAAAGUGACAUUGGACCAGAUGUUUAAGCCUUCUUUUCUUUUUAAUCUGCCACCGAUUUCUUGGUACGUUCGUCGGAUCACCAUCAAGACCAUGAAAACUCUGAUCGAAGAUCUUCAAAUUACAAGUGCCGUGAUGCGAGGUAUUUGAAACGUCCCAAAUCCGCUAUUAAUUGAUAAAACAUCAAAUAAAACUUUUACUCUUAC